AUGUUACAGGGAGACACACUUUUCCUAUUCUAUGAAACAAAGAAUUCGAUCACAAUGCAAGGAGAUAUUGGGGUCUCAAAAAGUGACGAUAAGGGUGCAACAUGGCAACAUUUGGGUGUUGCCUUGGAUGAGGAAUGGCAUCUUUCGUAUCCAUAUGUCUUUGAGUACCUUGGCAAAAUAUACAUGAUGCCUGAGUGCAGUGGUAAAGGGGAGCUCCGCAUCUAUCGAGCACUUAACUUUCCCUUGCAAUGGACACUGGAGAAAAUUAUUAUUAAAAAACACCUAGUUGAUUCUGUUAUUAUUAAUCAUGAUGGGAAAUAUUGGAUUUUUGGUUCUGAUCACACUGGUUUUGGUGCCAAGAAGAACGGACAGAUGGAAAUCUGGUAUAGUAGCUCGCCAUUUGGUCCCUGGAAGCCACACAAGAAGAACCCUAUUUUUAACACUGACAAGAGUUCUGGUGCUCGGAAUGGAGGCAGGCCAUUUGUGUACAAUGGAAACCUUUAUCGCAUGGGUCAAGACUCCGGUGAAACAUAUGGACGGCGAGUCCGUGCUUUCAAAGUGGAAGUCCUUACCCAGGAUGAGUUCAAAGAAGUUGAAGUUUCCCUGGGCAUAGACGAGUCAAAUAAGGGUCGAAACGCUUGGAACGGUGCUCGCUACCAUCACCUUGAUGUGCAACAACUAAGUUAUGGCAAGUGGAUUGGUGUCAUGGAUGGAGAUCGGGUACCCUCAGGAGACCCAGCUCAUCGUUUUAUUCUUGGCUGUGCCUCAGUUGUGGUUGUUGUCGCAGUUGUUAUACUGUUGGGGUCUCUGGUUGGAGCCGUGAAAUGUAUUAUCCCCCUCAACUGGUGCCCACACAAUUCAGGAAAGAGAAGCGAUGUUUUCCUGACAUGGGAACGGUCCAAUUUGAUGUCUUCUAAGCUUCGACAGCUCUGCAGUCGCUUGAAUAGAGCACCUUUAUUCCUCCGAGGCAUGGUAAAACCCAACUCCAUCAUCGGAAGAUUGGUAAUCUCUUUCAUAUUUGCAGUUGGAGCUGUACUAGUCUGCAUUGCCGUGAAGUACAUCUAUGGAGGCAAUGGUGCUGAAGACGCUUAUCCAUUGAAAGGACACUAUUCUCAGUUCACACUAUUGACGAUGACCUACGAAGCCCGGCUCUGGAAUUUGAAAAUGUACGUGAAGCAUUACUCAAGAUGCUCUUCAGUAGAGGAGAUUGUAGUGGUGUGGAACAAAGGGGCGCCUCCAGAACCGAGUGAAUUGGACUCGGCAGUGCCGGUGAGGAUCAGAGUGGAGGAAAAGAACUCACUCAACAACAGGUUCAAGAUCGAUCCUCUGAUAAAGAACCGAGCUGUUCUAGAGCUUGACGAUGAUAUCAUGAUGAGCUGCGAUGAUAUAGAACGGGGAUUCCGGGUAUGGCGAGAGCACCCAGAUAGGAUUGUGGGAUUCUACCCACGUCUUGUAGAAGGGAGCGUGUUAAAGUACGACGGGGAGAAGUAUGCCCGAAAGCUGAAAGGGUAUAACAUGAUCCUGACAGGAGCAGCCUUCAUUGAUGCCCAACUCGCCUUUGAGAGGUAUUGGAGCGAGGAAGCCAAGGCAGGAAGGAAGAUUGUGGACAAGUAUUUCAACUGCGAAGACUUGCUUUUGAACUACCUCUAUGCAAAUGCCAGCUCUUCAAGGACGGUAGAGUAUGUGAGACCCACUUGGGUCAUCGACACAUCCAAGUUCUCAGGCGUUGCCAUCAGCCGAAACACUCAACUCCAUUACAGAAUAAGAAGCGAGUGCCUCUUGAAAUCAGAGAUGUAUGGUGGUUUGGGGAAGCAGAAAUGGGAAUUCAACGGCCGGGAGAACAGACGGGAUUUUUGACCAGGAAUCCAAUCGAUUAUUCACCAUAGCCACAGGUAGAUUGUAAUAGAAGGUGACAAAAAUUCUUGCAACUUCCAACUUUGUUGGUUCUUUCUCUUGUGAAUUAAUCACUCAAAAUAUCUUAGAGAUGGGAGUACUCUUUGGGAUCCCCAUAGGUUUACAUGUACAUUGGGUUUUCUCAUUUCUGUUAAGUUAU